GUGGACUUUCGCGCUGACUGUACGCAACUCAGACUCGCGUGGCGCAUUAGAUAUUUUGCUAUUUGUAGAUAUAUACCUAGCUAGCGAGUUAUUGACAGAGAAGAGCACACGUUCGGGGUUUGUUCCAUAGCUCGUAGUGUAUUAUAGCAUGUGGACACUGAACCCUUUAGAAUCCGGAGGUGUCACCCACUACCUCCUGCCAGGUAAGGAGUAUGUGGUGGGGCGUAAGAACUGUGAGGUCAUCCUGCCCAAUGACCAGUCCAUCAGCCGGGCUCAUGCUCACCUCACUGCUACAGAUCAGGCCCUGACCCUGAAGGACAGUUCUAAGUAUGGCACGUUUGUUAACAAGGAGCGUCUGUCAGGAGACACCCCUCGCAGCCUGACGGCAGGGGACAGAGUGACAUUUGGGGUCUUUCACAGCAAAUUCAGUGUGCAACAGGUAACUGUGGUUGUGUGCUCGUCCUGUGUUGAUAAUGAAGGGAAGGUCUCUCUGUCUCAGACCCUGCAGCUUCUGGGUGGCCGGCUGACCAACACCUGGACACAGGACUGCACUCACCUGGUCAUGCCCACUGUUAAAGUCACCAUCAAGACUAUCUGUGCGUUGCUGUGCUGUCGGCCCAUAGUCAAGCAGGAGUUUUUCACUGAGCUCACCAAAGCCCUGCAACAGAAACAACCACCUCCAAAAGCUGAGAGUUUCUUCCCAGAAAUAGACGAGCCCAGUCUGAAUAAGGAUGAGGUGGACCUGACAGAGAGGCCAGAACGUAAAGAACUUUUCACUGGCAAGACCUUCCUCUUCCUCAAUGCCAAACAGCAAAAGCGUCUGAGUUUGGCAGUGAGUUGUGGAGGUGGGAGGAGCCAGCUCUUGGAGGAGGGGUCUGUCCCUGUGUCACUCCUUGAAUCUCCAUUGAGCUGUGUGAUCGGCAUGACAACGGGGAACUCCCAAGCACUACUGCCCCCCACCACUAAGAACACUAAGAAGUGGGCAGACUCUGUGGGGAGGAUUCUACAGAGGAAAGGUCUUCGAUUCAUCACAGAGUCUGAGAUCGGAUUGGCUGCCAUCUAUGUCAGCUGUGACAAGUACUGCAAUCCCUCCAAUCAGAUGGCUGACUCAGAAUCCAUGAGGAUGAAACCCACCAUCCCUGGCGCCACGCUAUCCCAGAAUGCACCAGUGGAUGAGACGGUAAUGCCAGCGGCGUCUCAGAACAUCACAGCCUAUGCUGUAAACACAGAGCCGUCACAGGGCAUCAGUGGGGUUGAUGUGGCUGGGGUGAGCGCAGUUGGAGAGACCCCUGAGAGGAACCAGAGCCGGACCACCUCUCAUCUUAACCGACCCAAACCCUCAGGCCGAGAGCUGGCCGGGACCUGCACAGUGGCAGAGACUAUGAUGUCGUCAUUCAGUGCCUCAGACAGCGCUGGUGGUGGCGGCUCGGACAGAAAAAAGGGAGAGCUACAACAUCCAGGUGGAGGGAAAGGUGAUGCUAUCACCAGAUUCCUGGCCACAGCCCCUCGGACCAACGGAGGAGUGCAGACGAUGUCCCCACAGAAGCGCUCCUCCCAGAAACAACAGGUCUCGCAGAAAGGUUCCCCCCAGAAACAGUCUGCUCUCACUAAUUUCUUCCAGCCUGUCGGCAAGAAAAGACCUCGGGAAGGCGAGGAGUCCCCUACUGUCCCAUCAGAGGCCAAGCUCUCCAGGAGGGAAGAAGACAAGGAGAAGAUGAAGAGGACAGUACCACAGCACUCAGAGACCUCCAACCCCCCACACACAGGUCCCAGGGCCAACACAGCUCAGGUGCACAUCUGUUUCCAGGUCAGACUGAGGCUCUGUCAGAGGGGUUCUCAAACCCUGCCCAGCAGGGGCUACAAUCCAGGAAGAGGAAGGAGAUGGAGGUGGAGACUAAAGGGGGUGGGGCUUCAGAGAUGGUGGAGUUCAAAUCCCUCACCGUGGCAACACCGGCAAGACCUAAACCACGCCCCAUGGAGACGCACGGCAAUGUCAACAGGAAAGACUUUAAACGCUUCUGCAAGGUACCCAGUUCCCGGUGCCCAGGGUUUGCCCAACAUCAUCGGAGGGUCAGACCUGUUGGCCCACAACCGAGGCAAGAACUCUGAGCUGGAGGAGUGGCUGAGAGACGCAGCAGAGGAUGAGCGUCAGAACAAGAAAGAGGAGACUUUGGGAGAUGACCUUUUCAGGUACAACCCCAAACCCACCAAGAAAAGAUGAGAGCACCUGGCUGCAACAUGUGAAGCCCUGCAGACAAAUGUUCAUCUUAAGACACAGGAAGGGAUGUCAACACCCCAGGGAAUGUUUUGCGCUUCUAGAAUUCUCAGUUUGAUAGAACUGCCAUCUCUGCUCCACUAAUAAUGUUCAUGAAUGGAUCUUUGAGUGAACUCUUGAUCAUUGUACUCAAAAUGACCAGAGGGGCCUGUCAAUGACAAAUGUUUAAACUGUUUUUGUCAGUGAUGUCUAACUUUCUAUGUACUGUACGCUAAUUAUAUACCUUGAUUUAGUCACUGAUGGCGAGCAAUGUAAACAAAUAAAUAGGUGUUACUUUUA